CGUGCGUUGUGUCGCCACGAUAGUUCGUCUGUCAUGUAUGUUUCGAUAAUUUGUUAUAUAUAUUGCAAGUUGGAGAGAAAUUUAAACCUGUUAGAGCGACGAAGGAAUAUUGGAUUAUCGUGAGCUUUGCCGUCGUCGAUGUUAAUCGACGAACUGUGUCAAAACGGGGAUUAAAUUUAGCCUCGUUUAAAGCUAAAUCCUCGAGGAAUACGACGUUUUAUAGGUUAUAGCAGCAAUGCGAGGAGAGACGAUGUUUCUCGAGAAAAACUGAUUCUGUGAUUCGGAGAAUUAAGUUUACUUAAUUCCGAAUUACUAGACGUGAUGGAGUUGAAGGUGUGGGUGGAAGAUAUACAGCGUAUCGUGUGCGGCGUUACCGAGAACACUACCUGUCAGGACGUGGUGUACGCUCUCGCUCACGCCACAGCCCAAACAGGUAGAUUCACCUUGGUCGAGCGAUGGCGAAACAACGAACGUCUGCUAGCCCCAUACGAGAAUCCUCUUAAGAUCUUGAUGAAAUGGGGCGAAUAUGCUUCGGAAGUUCAACUGAUUUUGAGACGCUCCACGCCAGAAAAUAACAAAACAAAUGCAUUACCAUCUCGAGCACAUACUUCACGAACAAACGGGUUGCCAGUUUCGUUAUCUGAACAAGGAACGGGUAACAAUAAUACGCAAGAUGACAACAAAAACAUGUCCGGUAGUCAGAGCUCGGAAUUUGACGAAGUGCAAGGAGGAUUGGAAAGGAACAGAGACACCAGGAAAUCGCUCACAUUCAGCGGAUUUCAUGGAGGUAUCACAGAAGGCGGUACAGAAAUUCAAAUGGAAAAUGUGGCUGUAGUUCAGCCGACACCGCAUUUAAAGAGCAAGGACUUAAAUAUUCGAAAAAACGUUCAAAAACCUGCUCAAUCGCCAACAAGAGGAAGCAAUAAUGAAAUAGCUACGCACUUGUCGCAGAAGAAGGUGCGCGAGGUUCCACCUUACAGAGAACCGCCGGGUCCAGCCUCGCCGCCGUUGCGAACUUUGCCUCCGUACCGAGACCCGCCGCCUCCGAACUUAAACAGCCCCGGAAGAUCGCAGUUCGCGCCGGGCACCAACAGCGGAAGUCCGCACAUGCACAAAGACGAUCAACCGUCUUCUAGCAGUUCCGUGAAACUUAAACGAAAUCUCAUCCAGGAAUUCCAAGACACAAAAUUACCUACUCAAUCCGUCAAUCCACUCCCCGCUACAGCACAGACCAUGACAACUGUCGCCUAUACUCAAAGAUACGUCGAACUGAUAAGACUAGUCAAUAAACAGAGAGACACUAUUAAUGCUCAGCAAGCUGAUCUUACGAAGUUCGAUGCGGAAAUAUUGUACUGGGAAACGAAGAACAGAGAGCAGAUGCAUCAAAUGGAUUAUAUUUCGCAGGAAAUGAAUCGCAUCGAAUCCACCGGCCGUAUCAUUGAAGAACAACUCAAGGAAUUAGCUCACGUGGAAGAAGAGAGCGAAAUAGUUCGACAGCAAGAGAAAACGCUAAAAUCGGAGAUAACAUUGCUCAGAUCGAAGCUCGCCAAUUGCGAAACGGAACUGCUGCAAUGUAAAAACAAAAUCAGGCUAGUCAUGGAGGAGCUCGCGAUAGAACAGCACAACAUAAAUCGCGAAACGGAUGAGCGACAAGUGAUGGAGCGAAAGAUAAUCGGCGAGGUGGAACACUUGCAAAGUGAGGUGGAACAGGUCAAACGCGCGACCGAGUUGGCCUCGCAGCACGCGGAAUCUCUCAAGUUAGAAGUGGUGAAUUUGGAGUCGACCAUCGUCGAGAAGAAGUUACAGGUGGAAAGAUUGGUGGCCGACAUGAAAGAGGCGAAUCUGCAGAGCUUGGCUGCUGCGUGUUCGGACGAGCAAGUCAAAUCUUUGUUAGAAGGCGCCCACAAACCCGGGAGCACUCGUAAGAUGAUAGGAUCGCCGAGACAACUGGAAACUGCGGUGCCUACAAGCAAAAAUCCACAUGGCGUCUGGGUGUAAAUAAAGAGAACCGGUAUACCUGAUCUGUUGUUUCAUGUGAGAAGUAUAUCAAAGAGUACACAUAUCGAAAUAUAUAUAUAUAUAUAUACAA